CAUACAUGUUUACACGUGCUGGGAUAGCGCUCGUAGUGCGUCUCGGCUUCCGAAAGCGGGCCACAGAACACCUAUACUCUCGCGGGCUACAUGUGUAUGGUGUGAAAUCGGCGGCUUCAUCAUGCCUUACAUUGCUUCUAGAAGUCUUCUGUCGAAGCUCUACGUCUUAGAAGGCGUUACAAGGAGCGCCGCGGUGCCCUGCCUGCCCGUCCUUCAAAGACGUGCUGCUAACGGGAAAGUCGAUUCGAAGUAUGAUGAUGAGGACGACAAGCCAUACCAGUAUACCACGAGCAACGCAGCCAAGUGGAAAGCCGCGCAGAGCUUUCGUGCGCCAGAAAACGACGCACCCCCCGCUCAGCGGUGGUCCGUGGUGGCGAGCAUUGCGGCAUUUCUCAUCUACUUCUGCAUCCUGCGUGAGGAGAAUGACUUGGAUCAACACCUAGCUCGUCCCAUCACAGAGACCAUACCGGAGCUCAAGGCGUUCGGGACACCACCUCCGCUGCCUAAAGAGUGGGUCCCACCAGCCUGGAGGGACUGACUGCAUUGAGACAGCAAAGGAGGACCGCGUCAAGUCCUUCUUUUUUCGUUCUUGGUGCCGAACUAGCCGUCCCACCUUCCAACACCGGCGCAGUUUCGAACGUUUCAAGCGUACUGGUAGUCUAGUCGGACACUUACUUUCGUCGGUCUAGAGCCCUGUGCACCUGUGACACGUGUUAGCUCAUUAGCACAGUUUGAUUGUGUAUUUGUGCCCGCACUGCUAGGCAUGGUUCACAUUUAUCGAUAUGAUAAGACCUGUUUCAAGGACUGACCUUGGUGACUUUGCAUUGUUUGCCUAGACACCUGUUAUAAUGUAGAUUCUUUGAAUACCGUAUUCACUCGCUUGAUGAAUGCACUCUUUUCCUUGAGAAAUCAGAGCAAAGUUGGGGGUGCGUUUAUUAUGCGGGGCACAAACUUAAUAAAAACUUUUUUGGAUUGUGGGGAAAUGCAGUAAUGCAAAAAAAAAGAAAAGUUUGGGCACUUAGCCUUUCGCAAUCAAUAUAUGCGUACGCUGUUUGCAAACUGCUUCUUUGUCGCACUUCGCUCAUCUUCGGUGAUUGAAAGCACUUUCUUCUGCAAGCUGUCUCUGCGCCGCCCACGCACUCCAUAAAAGCGUUUCGUGGCUUUCUUUUCUCGCAGUCUUUUAACCGCAACACAUGGUAUCUGCUGGGAUUUCGAGGGGCACCCAGAAGCGUGCGCUACAACACUGCUUUGUACUUUGCCAACUUUGUGGCAACCUCGCACGGCAACCGUGACGCCACCGUUGACAGUGCAGCAAGCCACCACGGAAGCAACAAACAAACCGUCGAUAACAAUAUUAACAAUACAGCUGCUGUCUCGCUGUUCUCAUAAGAAGUUAGUGAAUAAAAGGUAGCCGAUAUCAUGCAUUCCUUGAGUUAUGUGCAGAUAACAAGUAUGAAAAGCAAAUUGCUACCAAAGCGAGAAUCGCGGGUGCUACCAUGUUGUGGAAAUAGUCACAAUCUUUUCUGGGCGACAUUUUUAUUCUGGUUUUCGAGAAACCUGUGACGCGAUGGUGACGAAUGGCCCUUCGCGACAGCCAUGGCAGCAGCAAAUUCUGUCAUCGUUGCUGUCGCAGGCAUGUGGCCUGGCCUUAAAGUUUCGUAUUUUCAUAAAGCGACCUUCGGUUGGCGCAGGCAGUUUUCUGGCCUUUGCUAGCUCUGUGCUUAUCAGCUGCAAUGUGUCUACACUCGCACCGUUCGUGAGCGUCACUGUAGUGCACAGAUAAAAAUAGACAGGACGAGCCGCGCGCAAAUGGAAGGAAGAACAAUACGCCGCGCGGCAGCGGGCAAAGGGGGGAGGGCGCAAGCCGAGGUGGCCAGCAUAAAAUUAAAUAACGAAAGAAAUCCAACAAGCAAGGGGGUGGCAGCAAACGAGUGUAGGGGGUGCAUUUAUGAAGUGGGAGAAAAAAAUCCAGAUAGUGAUGACUGAAGUUGGAGGUGCAUUUAUUAUGCGAGUGCGUUCGUUACGCAAGUAUAUACGGUAAAUACUUUCUGCUAGCGACAGUAGUGAGUGCCUAUACGCGCUGGUGGUACUGCAAUGAAAUGUUCACUUCGCACUGAUCGUUGAAAUAGCUGGAAAAUGGUAAAUAUUGCCCUCUGUGGAAGUCAGAUCACCAUGGAUGUGCUAAGUGGACGAAGAAUGAGGAAUUGUGGUUUACUUGAACAAUGUACUUGUCCCAGAGCUGCAACUUUCUUUUCACCAAAAUUGGUCCAUUUCGUCGACAUGCACGAAACUUGCAAAAUUUAACAAAACAUUUUAGAGCAUGAAAUACUAAAGAAACAGUGUCAAAGCCGUAGUAAAUGCCACAGACGACACGUGCUACAUUUGGGUUUUGUGUAGGCGAACUCGCUCAUGAGUCGACUCACUCGGACUUUCUCAGAUUCAGAUUAGCCGAGAGUCUGAGUAGGAGUGAGUCCUGUAGCAGAAAAUAUUGGUGAGUCUGAGUCCAAGUGAAUCUAAAGCACGAAAUAUAUUUCUUGAAUGAGUC